AUGUUUGUAUUGCAGAUUGGUCUUGCAAACUCCAAACCAUGCUUCGAACUUCGAACUUACGUCUUCUCCAUGAUGUGGGGCUCGCUCCAGGAACUGGGGGAGGAAGUCGUCUCGCUCACCCAACAUCUCGAGGCAUUCGACGCUUUGGCGCGAGAUCCACCCAGCCGAAAGCGGCACCGUAAAGAUAGUUCCUGCCAGUCGAACGGCACGAGCGAGGAUGUGAAUGCUACGGGGAAUUGGAGUGCAUUGGCGAAGGAUGACACGACACACCAGUCUGGCCAGUUCACGGGCGGUGUCGACCCUCACGUCAUGGCUCUUCUCCGCGUUUGGCUUACAUUCCUGUCUCUGAGCGUGGCUUCAGCGCUCGCACAUUACCAGUUCACUGCUCUAAUGGUCAAUGGCAGCUCGACUGGCGAUUGGAACCAUGUUAGGAAGACGAAUCAAUAUACUCGCGUUUCGACCUAUGGUGAUCCGGUCAAGGACGUCAACAGCCUGGAUCUUCGCUGCAACAAUACCUUAGUCGGCCUCCCAUCCGGUACAGCAACGAUCAAGGCGGGAGAUUCGCUCGGUUUCUGGAGUCCAACGGUAGUGUAUCAUCAUGGGAUUUAUAACCUCUACAUGGCCAAGGCCCCCGGCAACGUUUCUGAAUGGGAUGGCAGUGGUCAAGUCUGGUUCAAGGUUUUUGAAGUCCCGCCUAUCGUGAUAGAAGGCCAGCCGAUGAAGUUCCCCGCUCAAAACACCCACGGCACUGAAUUCAUUGUGCCCAAAUCUCUCCCCAGUGGAGAAUACCUCGUUCGAAUUGAAAACGUUGCGUUGCACUUGGCCACUAUGGAAGGUCCGGAGUUCUACGUUAGCUGUGGUCAAGUGAAGGUCACCGAUGGCGGGGACGGCACACCUGGGCCACUCGUGGCCAUCCCUGGAGUGUAUUCCGGAGAGGAGCCGAGCUUCUCCGUCGACGUCUACUCAUCGAACCCGAAACCCUUUGUCAUGCCAGGUCCCCCUGUCUGGCAAGGAUAG